GGGUUACUCUAUGACCUAAAAAAAUGACGUUUCUGGCUUGGCGUCACGCCACUCGAGCGUAUGCGUCGCUGGGCAGCCGUCACUUCUCGCUCGCGGCACCUGGCCUUCCACCUUAUCGUGUCCUUUUCUUUGGUACGGACGACGUGUCGCUCGCCACACUCAAGGCGUUGCACGCCAACAGGUGCGCGCAUUAAUUGGUUUGUAUGGUUCUCGUGCCGCAAGCUUAAUCCUGCUUGCUUGUGUACACUACAGCAAUGAGGAGAAGGGUGACAGCCGUCUCAUAGAGCACAUCGAGGUCGUUUGUCCAUCGGACCGCCCCAUGAACGGCCGCAAGAAAGAUGAGCCAGUGCCAGUCAAAAAGUUCGCGCAACGCUGCGGCUUCAAGGUCUACGACACGCCAUCGCGCCUCAAGUCCCUGAAGUCCUGGGACUUCCCUGUUACGGAUCACUUUGACGUGGGUGUGGUCGUUUCCUUCGGAUACUUUUUGGUACGUGCAUGGCUAUCUACAGUGACGCUGAGACCAACCACCAAUGCUCUUGAUGUGUUUUUGCAGCACCCACAUCUGCUGAAAAAUUUGCACCAUGGUGCCAUCAACAUGCAUCCGUCACUAUUGCCAAAGUACCGGGGCCCUGCACCGAUCCACCACGCUCUGUUGAAUGGUGACCCAACAACUGGUGUAUCAGUGAUCGAGAUCGACCCGAAGGCUUUCGACGUUGGGCGUAUUUUACUCCAGAAACCUUACGAUAUCAAGCGCGACAUCCAGUGCCAGGACCUAUCAAAGGAACUCGCAACUUUCGGUGCAGAGUGCAUCGUGGAAACUCUGACUGAUUUGCCGACACGUAAGAAAGCAGCAGUAGUGCAGGACAAUGCAAUCGCUAGUAAGGCUCCCAAACUGACGUUCAAGGAUGGCCUUAUCUCACUCGACGAAUCAGCUAGCGAUAUUUUCCACCGGUGGCAAGCACUGAGCAGCUCAGUUGGAGUGAAUGUCCAAUUUAGAGGAAAGGUGGUCAAGUUGAUUGAAGCCCGAAUCCCGACAGCCGAGGAGCUUCAAUCGGUUGAAGCCGACGAGGCUCGCAACGGACCAGCAGCGACUGGGACUUUUUUCUUUGAAAAGAAACGACAGGCUCUUUGGUUGCGAUGCGCUGAUGAUUCAUGGUUGCUUAUUACAAAGCUGCAGCAAGCGGAUCGCAAGGUUGGGGGCGCUCUUGACUUUUGCAACGGAUACCGGUUGAAGAAUAUGCAACGCGAGCGGUUCGAGAAAGUGACGACUGGGCCUGUCAACAGCAAGCUCUAAAUGCGCGGCAUAUCAUUUUGGACAGCAUCAAGUGUAAUGAGCUAGACCCGUACAAACUACAUCCCACGGAUUUUGAAGCGUCAAGUUCGAGAUAAAAAAAAAUGGUGAAAUCAACUGAAUUCUGUUCGGCUCAAGUGAUUUCGUUGGGUCGAGCUGAAACCCAUCGUUCACCAAUGAUAUCUUUUGAAGCAUGACUAUUACUUGAAUACUGGAAUAUCUUAAUUGUAAUACUUGGUAGAACCACCGAUGCUAGAG